AGUAAGUCGUCGUUGUCUUCUGUUUUACCAAAACUGGUUCUGCUUUUAACUUUUCAUACAAUAGUAUCUGGUGCAACCGUCCCGAAAGAUGUUUACGACAAGAAAAUGCAGCUGUCCCAUCUUUUGUUUUGGAUAGAAGAUUUAACUCAGAUUCUGCACGCAGAGUGCCCGUCGUUUGUUGGAUCCAUCGCCGGGCAAACGUUAAUCGGCAGACGACAGUUGCAAAGCGCAGGAAACGACCUCGUGCGCCUGGAGCUUGAGAUUCGACUGGCUGAAAAACGACUGGAUUAUUUAAUGGAGGAAUACACAAAGUGUAAAGGAUCGCAAACCGUGAAACCAGCCGCGAGUGAAAAACCCUCACCUCAACCCGUGACGGCAGCUACUACUACGACCUCCCCCAAAACAGGUAUCCGUCAUCACAGAGUUUACUAUGUUGGCAUCGUGGAGACAUAUUGGGAUUACGCUCCAAAUGGUAACCUGGUCAGCCAGAAACUAGACAAGGCUGCCAACAAGUACCUCAAUAGCUCUGCAUACCUGGGUAAAGUUUUCAAGAAGGUCGUCUACCGGGAGUAUGAGGACUCCAGUUUCAGCAAGCAGAAGCCCCACCCUCCCCACCUUGGUGUACUGGGGCCCAUCAUCCGCGGCGAGGAGGGAGAGAACGUCACGGUCUACCUGAAGAACAUGGCCUCGCGUCCGUACUCGAUGCAUCCCCACGGUGCCGCCUACCUGAAAAAACACGAAGGAGCUCUCUACAUAGAUGGUACCAGUGGUCAAGACAAACUGGACGAUGGUGUUAGGCCGGGGACAGUGGUCCGACUGGACUGGCUGUUGCGAUCAGAGACGAAAGGGGAGCCCGCUACUGGUGAUGAAAACUGCGUUCCCUGGGUGUACCACUCCCAUGUUAACCCCAUUAGAGAUGUGGCGGCCGGCCUUAAAGGAUUGCUGUUAAUCUGCAGACCGGGUACGCUUGAUGCUAAUAAUAAACGCAAAGACGUCGACAAAGAGUAUCUGCUCUUAUCCCACAUUAUUAACGAAUACACAAGUUGGUAUCUGGACGAAAAUAUCGGCGACAGAGCAGUCAAUCCCGAAAACGAGGCUUUCCAAGAAGCGCUUCACUUUCAUACCAUAAAUGGGCGUAUCUAUGGCAACGUGCCAGGUCUUGACGUCUGCGUCGGCGAGAAGGUUGCUUGGUACUUUGUUGGCCUUGGCAACGAGGGAGACAUCCAUACUCUGUCGUUCAAUGGACAGACACUGGAGUAUAACCACCACAGAACUGACAUCGUGGCGUUAUUCCCUGCAAAGUUUGCCGCCGCCACCAUGGUUCCUAGUGAGCCCGGAACGUGGCUAAUCAAGUGUCAGAUGUCAGACCAUUAUGAAGCUGGAGAGCAGGCAUUUUUGAGGGUGACUUCAUCAUGUGGUGCGAAGAGACAAGGCCAGGCGCAGCUAGGAGGACAGACGAGGACAUACUACAUAGCCGCUGAGGAAGGUGUGUGGGACUAUGGUCCAUCCGGUAGAAACGAAUACGAGAGGAACUCACCGCCCCUUGCCUCACCUGGGAGCCGCUCCCACAUGUACUUUGAAAACAGCGACGUCAAAAUUGGCGGGAAAUACUGGAAGGCGAGAUUCCACGAGUAUGAAGAUGCUUCUUUUACUAAGAAACGUAGCAGAUCUGCAGCUGAGCAGUACCUGGGUUUUCUGGGUCCAGUCAUUCAAGCCGAAGUUGGAGAUACUAUAAAAGUUGUCUUCAAGAACAUGGCGUCUAGACCGUACAAUAUCCACCCCCGGGGCGUUCGGUAUACGAAGGACAACGAAGGGGAGGAUUACUCUGAUGGCAGAAAGGAUAAAGGCAAAGGUAACGUAGGCGUGGCACCCAGGGAAACAUACACGUACACGUGGACAGUGCCUGAUUCAUACGCACCGACGUCAAAGGACACCGGCUGUAUCACGUACACGUAUCAGUCCGCGGUGGACCCGGUGAGGGACAUGUAUUCGGGACUGGUGGGGCCGCUUGUGGUGUGUAAAAAAGGAGCACUGAAACAGCGCGGCAAGGAUUAUAUCCUUCUAUUUGCCGCCACGGACGAGAACCAGUCAUGGUAUAUAGAGAAGAAUAUGGCGGAAUCUACUCGACUGAAACCAGGUGCCAAGCUGCCGGCUGAUUUUGAAGAGUCCAACAUAAUGAGAGGCAUCAAUGGGUUCUCGUUUGGGAACCUGCCUCUCUUGAGUACAUGUGUCGGAGAACAUGUCACCUGGCGCCUUCUAUCGGUGGGAAAUUUACUGGAUAUGCACACGCCCACUUUUAACGGAAAUACUUUCUUGCGGUUUGGUGGCAAUACUAAGGACUCGGUUUUUCUUUUCCCUGGAACUUCGGAGACGUUGGAAAUGGUUCCAGUUAAUUCAGGUACAUGGAGUCUUGUGGACGGUAACAAUGAGAACUUUAAUGCCGGGCUCAGUGCAUUAUAUAAAGUGUCCGUUUGCACCAGGGUUUCUAAUGUGGGGAAAGCAGCAGCAGCGCCAUCUUCAGGUGGAAGUGGCGGGAAAACGCGCACCUAUUAUAUUGCCGCGGAGGAAGUGAUGUGGGAAUAUGCGCCGUAUAAAUAUGAUCUGGUUUUCAAUAGAAGUAUCUUUUAUUCUGGUAUGAAUAUAUUUGUUCGUGACGACUUCCCGUUCCUUGGCUCGGUGUACAAGAAGGCCGUCUAUAAGGAAUAUACAGAUGCCAGUUUUACACAGAGAAAGGUCCGCACUUCAGAAGAUCGCCAUCUUAGAAUUUUGGGUCCUAUGAUAAAAGCCGAAAUCGGAGACACGAUCAAGGUUGUCUUCAAUAACAUGGCUUCCCGCCCUUACUCAGUUCACCCCCAUAUGGUACUGUAUUCUAAAGACUCCGAGGGACAAUCAUACAGAGAUACUACCAAUACUACGGUAGGCGUGCCUCCUUAUUCCAUUAGGACAUACACGUGGUACGUGCAUGCGCAGUCGGGACCCGGAAGUAACGACCCAAAUUGCAUAUCGUCUGCUUACUACUCUGCCGUUAAUCCUGAAAAAGAUGUCUCAACCGGGUUGGUCGGGCCAUUGAUCGUCUGCCGCAAAGGGAUAUUGGAUGAAAACAACAGACGUCUGGAUGUUGACAGAGAGAUAGCUACUUUGUGGAAUGUCAUGGACGAGGGAGAAAGCUGGUAUCUUGACGACAAUAUUGCUGCCAACAAUCCUAAAAAUUUGACGGUGGAUAAGGAUGAUGAGGAUUUCCACGAAAGCAACAAAUUCCAUGUCAUCAAUGGAGAGAUCACUGCGCUUGAUUCCGGUUUUGACAUGAAUCAGUGUGAUCUGGUGGCCUGGUACCUGUUAAGCCUGGGAGGAGAGACAGACAUCCACACCGUGCACUUCCAUGCCCAGUCCUUUAUAUCUCGAGCUGAAACCCCGCACAGAGGGGACGUAGUUGAGAUUUUCCCUGGAACCUUUGAAACGGUCACAAUGCUGGCAGACGACCCCGGCACGUGGUUUGUACACUGUCACGUGGAUGAUCACGUGGCUGCUGGUAUGGAUACAGUUUUCACAGUUCACCCCAGCACUUCCAGCAAUGCUACCGUGGGAUUGUGUUAGUAGAGAUACAAUCGCAAUCGUAGGCCUACAGUUUCUAACCCCGGAUAUCAGAAUGAUGAGAACAUUUUAGAACUAUUUGAAGUUAUAGUUCAAAUUGUGAAUCAUAUUUUUUGUACGUUGAAUCCUUCCCAACGCAAGCCAAGUGGGAAACACAAAAUCAAACCUAAUAAAACGUAAGCGCCUUGCAUCCUUUUUUAUCGUUCAAUAAUGGAUGCAUUAUUAAACAAUGUGAUUCUGUAUAGAAUCUUGCAAAAAUGUUCAGUUAAAUGUGACUUUUACUAGACUCAAAUUUUACUUUUAAAAGGCCAUUUCG